AUGUCCGCAUCCAACGAAUUCCAGCCUAUAGAGUGGUCGCUCGAUUUAGUACCGCAACAAAAUUUCUUAUCGAGUGAUUUCAUUCACAUAAGCCUGCUCAGAGCCAAUGUCGACGUGUAUCAAUCAGUGCGCAAUAAGAAGCUCUAUGUCCGAAAGCUUGUACACAGAAGGGCAGGCGUAGUGGACCAAAGAGAACAAGAUGAAGAUGGAUUCAAGGGCGAUAUUCCACCCGAGCUGCGCGUUUCGACCUGCCCGCAAGCACUGGCACGUUUACCUGAUGAGGACUAUUUCCCGAGGCUAGUUGGCUGGCAGCGGUUGAGCGAAACACACUGGGGAAUCUUCACAGAAUUUUAUAACGGCGGGAAUUUGAACCACUUCAUACAAAAGCAUUUCGAUUAUUUCGAUGAGGAAACAGGUCCAGGCGAGAGAAGAAGCAUACCAGAGCAUUUUAUAUUGCACGUUGCAGAGCAGAUUGGCGAAGCGCUUGUCUACAUGCAUCUCGGCAGACCGCGUGGGACCUCUGGACCCAGGGCCUGCACACCGUUGCCAGGCUGGUUGCCAAUUUAUCAUCGUGACAUAUGCGACUCGAAUGUUUUCAUUCAUUACCCUCUCACCAGAGGGUCAGACCUGGAGAUGCACAGGACUCGAGCAUUUCCGCAGAUCGUGCUGGGCGACUUUGGCGAAUCAGCUAUCCACGAAGACGACCCUUUAACUGUGCAAGACGGCAUACCUCCAGCGUCUUCAAUAAGUCCAGAAUUAAGACAAUGGACUGAUGUGCACCAGUUUGGUUGUCUCCUGAGGCUUCUUUGCAUGGCGCAUGUCGACUUGGACGAGUAUUCGGAUGACGAUGAAGAAGAAGGAUAUGGGAUACAAGAUAAUGAAGAAUCGUGGGAAAGAGACCGACCAGACAGCCAGAUGUUGAAGUAUUGUAAUGAUUACGGAAGGCAGGGGAUAUAUUCUGAGGGGCUCAUACAACUCCUUCAGAUGUUCGAGAGGCCUGAUAUGGACACCAGUAUUUUGGAACAGACGGAUUGUGUACCAACCAUGGAGUGGGUCGCCAGCAUCUUUCUACCAAUAGUCAGAAAUCAAGUUCAGCUCCUUCGCCAGCCUGCGGUACCAACGGUGGCUUAUUUUCGGGAGUUGGACGUCUCUUGGACGAAGCCCGCGGACCUGAUCGCCGCUCACACGCGACCCCGGAACUGA